CGUCCCUUUCCCUGCGGCCGACUCGGGUCUCGUGGCACGCCGACCGAGCCUCUCCUUUGCCUCGAUUUUCGCCUGAAACGGCACAAAGUUUGAUUUGCAGUGUGAUGUGAUAACGCCAGUAGGAUGUCGCGAUCGUAUCAAAGACCGGAAAAUGCCCUCAAACGGGCGAGCGAAUUUAUCGAUGUGGGGAAACCCAAUCGAGCCCUUGAGGUCCUCUAUGAGGUCAUCAAAAGGGGCAAGAUGCGCAGCUCCUACUCGGAGAAACUGCUUGAGCCAAUUAUGUUCAAGUACUUGGAGCUGUGUGUUGACCUGAAGAAGUCUCACCUUGCCAAGGAGGGUCUUUACCAGUACAGGAACAUCUUCCAGAGUGUAAAUGUAUCCUCCUUAGAGACUGUUGUGCGUCGAUACUUGUCUUUGGCAGAGGAACGUACAGACUUUGCCCGCAGAGAGAGUCAUCAGGCUGUUGUUGACAUUGAUGACUUGGACAACCUUGCAACCCCGGAAGAAAUUUUGCUAUCUGCUGUCUCAGGAGAGGAUGCACAGGAUCGAAGUGACCGGACUAUCCUUACUCCAUGGGUCAAAUUCCUGUGGGAGAGUUAUCGCCAGUGCUUGGAGCUUCUUCGCACCAAUUCCCGUGUCGAACGACUGUAUCAUGACAUUGCCAAGCAGGCUUUCAGGUUCUGCGAGAAGUACAGCCGCAAGACAGAGUUCCGUAAACUAUGUGACAAUUUGCGAACUCAUCUGUCGCACAUCCAGAAGCAGCAGGGGUCUGCAACAGCGGUUAAUCUCAAUAAUCCUGAGACACAACAGAUGAAUCUGGAGACCCGCUUAGAGCAGCUCAACUAUGCUAUUAAAAUGGAAUUGUGGCAAGAGGCUUACAAGGCCAUUGAAGAUAUUUCUGACUUGAUGAAUAAAUCUAAGAAAAUGCCAAAGCCACAUGUAAUGGCCUCCUAUUACCAAAAAUUGUCACUGGUGUUCUGGAAAGCUGGCAAUCAACUCUUCCAUGCUGCAGCUCUCUUCAAGCUCUUCCAGCUCUUGAGAGACCAGAAGAAAAACAUUACAAGUGAGGAGCUUGGCAAGCGAGCAUCCAUAGUACUGAUUGCUACCUUAGCGAUCCCUCUUCCAUCUGCUCACCCAGAGUUUGAUAGAUUUAUUGAAACUGAGAAGUCUGCCUUGGAAAAGAUUGAGAAACUAGCAACUCUUCUCUCUUUGCCAAAGCCACCAACACGUAUAUCACUUAUCAGAGAUUUAAUCAGAUUCAAUGUUGUGAGUGCAGUCCCUCAAGAAUUGCAGAAUCUCUAUCAGUUGAUGGAGGUAGAAUUUGACCCUCUACAUCUUUGCAACCGAAUGCAGUCAAACCUUGAAUGGAUACAGGAGCAUCCAGAACUUG